AUUCACCAUACUCUUCAUUAGAAUUAGUUUACCAAACCAACAAAAGAACUAACAAGCAAGCUGAUCCCAACAAGAUUUGAAAUCAGAAUAUAAAGGAUCAAAAUUAUUAAAAAAAAAAAUUUACCUUGACACCGUACUGAUUCAGAGCAGUCACUGAUUUGUGGAAAUUAUAUUUUUAAUUAACCAAUUAUGAAUCGCAUUUUCAUUUUACUUUCUCUCCUGCAAAUAGUUUAUAGUUCUGUGGGUCAGAGUAAGACCAUCAUAUUGAAUUCACAAUUACAGCCUGAACCAAUAUCAAAAAAUUACUGCUGGAGAAUCAAAUUUUAUAUUUCAAGCAAAUUUUUGUCUGGAACCUCAAAUUAUUUCACUGUUCAAUUAAUCAAUGAUGAAACACGUGUUUUCUCAAAUAAAAUGUCUUGUGCAAAUAAAUGUAGAAGGGGAUCUCAACCAAGCUUUGAUUUUUGCACUCCACGAAUUGAUCCAGUAAAAGAAUUAAAAUUAAAUGAAACAGUAAAAAAUAUCUUUAGGGAAAUAGUAUCUGCUUGGACAUUGGAAAGUAUUUAUUUGAUGAAUUUGAAUACUUCAGCUACUUAUAGAUGCACACUCGAUGACCCUGAUGCUGACAACAAAGGCUGUCAAUUAAAGCCCGACGAUAUUGUUAAGGAACGAACUAUUCCAUAUAUUCCAUAUGGCAGCACCUCUAACAUAAUUACUACAACAGAUGAUCAAACAGGUUCAGAGGAAAAUACAUCAGUUCUUGAUUACUGCUGGAGAAUCAAAUUUUAUAUUUCAAGCAAAUUUUUCUCUGGAACCUCAAAUUAUUUCACUGUUCAAUUAAUCAAUGAUGAAACACGUGUUUUCUCAAAUAAAAUGUCUUGUGCAAAUAAAUGUGAAAGGGGAUCUCAACCAAGCUUUGAUUUUUGCACUCCUCAAAUUGAUCCAGUAAAAGAAUUAAAAUUAAAUGAAAGGGUGAAAAAUUUCUUUAAAGCAUUUACAGCUGGUUGGAGAUUGGAAACUAUUUAUUUGAUGAAUUUGAAUACUUCAGCUACUUAUAGAUGCACACUCGAUGACCCUGAUGCUGACAACAAAGGCUGUCAAUUAAAGCCCUCAGAUUACUGCUGGAGAAUCAAAUUUUAUAUUUCAAGCAAACUUUUGUCUGGAACCUCAAAUUAUUUCACUGUUCAAUUAAUCAAUGAUGAAACAAGUGUUUUCUCAAAUACGUUAUCUUGUGCAAAUAAAUGUGAAAGGGGAUCUCAACCAAGCUUUGAUUUUUGCACUCCUCAAAUUGAUCCAGUAAAAGAAUUAAAAUUAAAUGAAAUGGAAAAAUAUUUCUUUAGUGGUUGGACAUUGGAAAGUAUUUAUUUGAUGAACUUGAAUACUUCAGCUACUUAUAGAUGCUCACUCGAUGACCCUGGUGCCAAAAUCAAAGGCUGUCAGCUAAAGCCCGAAGAUAUUGUUAAGGAACCAACUAUUCCAUAUAUUCCAUAUGGCAGUACCUCUAACAUAAUUACUACAACAGAUGAUCAAACAGGUUCAGAGGAAAAUACAUCAGUUCUUGAUUACUGCUGGAGAAUCACAUUUCAUAUUUCAAACAGUUUUGGGGCUGGAACCUCAAAUUAUAUCACUGUUCAAUUAAUCAAUGAUGAAACACAUGUUUUCUCAAAUACGUUAUCUUGUGCAGAUAAAUGUGGAAUGGGAUCUCGACCAAGCUUUGAUUUUCACACUCCACAAAUUGAUCCAGUAAAAGAAUUAAAAUUAAAUGAAACAGUAAAAAAUAUCUUUAGGGAAAUAGUAUCUGCUUGGACAUUGGAAAGUAUUCAUUUGAAGAACUUGAAUACUUCAGCUACUUAUAAAUGCAAACUCGAUUACCCUGAUGCCGACAAUAAAGACUGUAAACUAAAGCCCGAAGCUCAUGUUAGAGAACCAACUAUUCCAUAUACUUAUAUGACAGUACCCAGAACAUAA